CUCUCGUCCGGGACCUGUGACACUCCCCCUGGAAGUGCCAGUCAGCGCCAUCUGUCCGCCAAGCUUCUCACUCGCUCGCUCGCUCGCGUUCUUCAGGUUAACUAGACGUCGAGAGAGUCUCAUUCUGUGCCGGAAUAUCAGUUUUGUUUCUUUUUGGAGUUUGUGAAGAAGAAUUAGCAGUUUUGAAAUGCACGUUGUGAAAUGACAAUGUUGUUUGAGGGAGGACCGUUUCUGUGAGCGAUUUAGACACGGAAUGAGGAAAAUUUCCGUCUAAUUAGUGAGAUCAGAAAAAAAUAGGAGAGAGACGCAACAAUAUUCGACCUUCUUACAGUGAACAUAAAGCACAAUAAUAGAUAACAAAGGAUAAUAAGGAAAAGAAAGAUGAGAUGAGAACUGCAGAGAAGGUCAAAGGUCAGAAGAGUGUGGGUCAGAGCGAGGAAAGGGAGCGAGUGAAGGGGCAGUGUUGAAGUCUCCGCUCGCGAAGGAAGGGAAGAAAGCAGACAUGAAGGAAUAUCAAGAGGUGUGGCUGGACCUCGAGUCGGUCCUCCUGGGCGAGGGCCACGACCCCCUCCACCUCUACCAGUCUCCCCCGCCGCCCCUGGACGCCCACCCACAGCCGGACCCUUCGCCAGCCCUCCCCUCCCACUCCCCCCCCACGGGCGUGCCUUCGGGCGUUCCUCCGGGCGCCGCCCACUCGCCCGCCGCCCACCAGCACCCUCAGCAGCAGCCCGGCUCCUCCUCGCACGCCCACUCGCCCGCCCGGGCCGCGCAGCCCCUCGCGCCCACACACGUCAGCGCCCCUUCGCCCGUCUACGCGUCGCAUGCGCCCGCCACGUCCGCCGGCUCGUCCGUCGGCCUGGCCUCCGGCAGCGUGCGCUCCAUGCCGCCCCUCACGGCGCUGGGGGAGCCCCUCCCGCACGCCCACGCGCUGCCGCAGCCGCACGGGGCGCUGCCGUCGCUGCACCCGCCCGGCCAGCCGCACGCCCUGCCGUCCGCUCCGUCGCUGGGCAGGCCGGCCGCCUCGAUGCCGCCCAUGUGUGAGCUGACGGAGGGCGCCAUGGUGUCCCCGCUGGCCGCCCACGCCGCGCUGCCGCCCACGCCGCCGCACCACGACCCCAAGUACGACUACGGCGCGGCGGCCCACGCGGGCGGCGCAGGCGGCUACGAGGCGCCGUCGUGCCGCCUCAAGGCUGAGUUCGGCGACUUCCCGCACGCCCUCGGGCCGCGUACGGGCGUGAAGCGCGCCUUCCCCGAGGCGUCGGCAUCGCAGGCCAAGUACGCCUGCAUGGGCGGCCAGUACAGGAGGGAGGAGCCGGCCUACGCGGGCGUGGGAGCCCCGCCGCCCCUGCAGUACAUGGGCGCCGCCGCGCUGCCGCACCACCAGCAACAGCAGCAGCAACAACAACAACAACAACAACAACAGCAACAUCAACAGCAACAACAGCAGCAGCACCUGCAGCACCAGGGCGCCACUCCCCAGUACGUGCUGCCGCCCACGCCGCCCCAGUACCCCGCCGGGCCCCAUGCUCUGCACCCCCUGCCCGCCCACCACUCAGACUAUGCCGCCACCUCCACGGGCUGGACGCCCACGCACACUUCGUACGGUGCCUACACGCAGUACUUGGACUUCAGCGCGUGCCCGCCCGCGUCCCUGGGCGGCAGCGGUGGCGGCGCGCCCUUGCCGCCACCCGAUGUGCCUCCGCCGCCCGCCAAACCGCGCCGCCGCCGCGCCCGCAGGAAGGUCAUCAUUCACAAGUGCCCAUACGAAGGCUGCGUCAAGACGUACAUCAAGUCGUCGCACCUGAAGGCGCACCUGCGCACGCACACGGGCGAGAAGCCGUACACGUGCAAGUGGAAGGGCUGCGGCUGGAAGUUCGCGCGCUCCGACGAGCUCACGCGCCACUACCGCAAGCACACGGGCGACCGCCCCUUCCAGUGCCGCCUGUGCGAGCGCGCCUUCUCGCGCUCCGACCACCUCAGCCUCCACAUGAAGCGCCACAUCGCGCUCUGAUGCGCCUCCACUCCAAGCGGCGCUCCGAGCGCUCUGGCCGGCGCUCUCCAAGGCUCGCCUUCGGACGCUCCAACUUAAGGAUCGACGCUCCCGUCGGUCUCGGCGCGAAGAGCAUUUCUCGCGAAAUGAAAACAAGACCGUAGACACAAAAUACGAGGCGGAGACCAAAGCCACCCGCAUGAACAAGAGUAAUUCCGUGCAGAUCUCAAGACUCGAAACGGCAGGGCUGAAGAUGUUGCAAAGACAAUCGUGACUCCGCAAUUCCUUGCGCGACACUCGUGAGCAACGAAGGCGCAAGCACUGAAGGGAAUACUCAAGUGCUUGGGCAUUGUACCUCGAAGGGUGGGU